AUGACGGACAAGCUUCCCCCUCCCUUGCUGGCGCUCUUCCAGCCUCGCCCUCCCCUUCGCUACCUCGCUCCGACCACGCGUGCUCCGGAAGACUGCAAGAAAAGCACAAUCUCUGGUGUAGCAGCCUAUCUCGCUCGCGCCAAGGAAGAACAGCCAACCUACGAAGAGGAGCAUCCGUACAAUGCGACUGAAUGCUGGAUCCAGCGCAAGUGGCGCCAGAAGCUGGAGAAGCAAGAAUCCCAGCGUGCGAAGCUUGAAGAGGGUAUGAAGACUUUCGACCCCGAGAAGGACCCGCAAGCUCGCGGCGACCCGUACAGAACUCUUUUCGUCGCGAGACUCAACUACGAAGUCAAAGAGGCCGACUUGGAACGCGAGUUUGGUCGCUUUGGUCCUAUUGAAAGAAUUCGCAUCGUUAAGGAUACGGUAUCUGAAAAGGCCAAAAAACCCAACCGAGGCUAUGCAUUCGUCGUUUACGAGCGUGAAAAAGACAUGAAAGCCGCCUACAAGGAAACAGAUGGAAUUCGCAUCAAGGACCGACGAGUCUUGGUGGAUGUUGAGCGUGGCCGUACUACUAAGGGCUGGAAGCCUCGCCGUCUCGGCGGUGGGCUCGGAGGUCGUGGAUACACGAAGGCCAUGCCCUCCCGCCCUAUGGGACCUGGAUUCAACGCCCCCUCUGGACCUGGUGGCUUUGGUGGUGGAUUUCGAGGAGGGUUCGGCGGCGGACGAGGAGGCCGAGGAGGCCGCGGCGAUCGCUUUGGUGGACCUCGUGGAGGAAUCGGCUUCCAAGGAGGACGCAACGGCUUUGGCGGACAGGCGCCCCCGAACGCACCCUCUGGACCGGGCGGUGGCCGUGGUGGGUUUAGGGGCGGAGGCUUUGGUGGUGACCGAUUCGACCGUGGUGGUGAUCGUGGUGGUGAUCGCGGUGGUGAUCGAGGUGGUGAUCGAGGUGUUACCGGCAGCAACCGCGAGCCCGUUCGCCCCCGUGAUAGCUACGCGGACCGUGACCGCCGCGACGACCGAGGAGGAGACCGCCGCGACGACCGCGAUGGCGACCGCUACCGUGACCGCCGUGAUGACCGCGGAGGAGAUCGUGGAGGAGAUCGUGGAGGUGACCGCUUCCGAGGCGACCGAGACCGCGAUAGGUAUGGCGGCCGAGAGGACUUUGGUCACAAGCGACGCCGUGAGGAUGAAGCUGGCUACGAUGACCCGCGCUCCCGCCGACGAUACUAA